GUGCCGGGAUUGAAUUCAGUCAGUCGCUUGUUGGCAUGCGGCGGUGCGAGUCGUCGUCGUCGUCGAUGUGAUGGAGGCGAGUGGAAACGCGAGCGGCGCGGCCGAGAACCUGUUCGAAGGGUACUCGCCGGCGCUGCUCGACCUGGCCGUCGCCUGCUGCGUCCUCUUCGUCCUGCUCGGCGUGCCCGGCAACCUCAUCACCAUCGUCGCCCUCCUCCGCUGCAAAAAGGUUCGGAACGCGACAGCAGUGUUCAUCAUCAACCUGAGCGUGUCGGACCUGAUGCUGUGUUGCUUCAACCUGCCGCUGGUGGCGUCGCUGUUCUACCAGCGAGCGUGGCGCCACGGCCACCUGCUGUGCGUUUUGCUGCCGCUGCUGAGGUACGGACUGGUCGCCGUCUCGCUCUUCACGGUGCUGGCCAUCACCCUCAACCGUUACGUCAUGAUCGGACACCCUCAACUCUAUCCAAGGCUGUACAAGCGUCGGUACCUGGCGCUGAUGGUGGCGACGACGUGGGUGACGGGGUUCGGGGCGUUGAUUCCGACGCUUUUGGGCGAGUGGGGCCGCUUCGGGCUGGACACGCAGAUCGGCAGUUGCAGCAUUCUGCCGGACGAAAACGGCAGCUCGCCCAAAGAGUUCCUUUUCAUAGUCGGAUUCGUAGUUCCGUGCGCCGCCAUCGUCGUCUGCUACGCACGCAUUUUCUACAUCGUCCGCCGCACGGCGCUGCGUUCGCGCCGCGCGCCCCCUGCGAACGCCAACGCCACCACCGGCCCACUAGCGCCACGCUCGGCGGAGGUGUCGGCCGUCACGUGCCGCCUCGCUUCCGAUGACUCGGCCCUCGGGCUCAGCAGCCUCGCCGACGCCAACGGACACUCGGACCACGCCCCCCGCAGCAACUCCUUCCUCACGCCCAUGCGACUUCAGCUACCAGGCAAAGCGUUUCGCAUGGAGGAGCAGUCGACCUCCGGCGUCGACGCGUGUGGCGGCGCCGAUGACGACGGCGGUCCUUCCCCAGAUCGCUCGGCGACGCCGUCGCCCACUCCAGGCCGGCGUGAGCGGACGACCUCCGCGGCGACGGUGACGUCGGCCCUGUCGCAGUUGGCGUCGGUGCUGCGGCGGAGUCGACGGCGGCGCCGGACGUCGGCCACGACGUCGACGGCGCCGCCGCAGCCGGGCAAGAUGACCGCCAAGGACAAGAAGCUGCUGAAGAUGAUCCUGGUGAUCUUCGUGUGCUUCCUGGUGUGCUAUUUGCCCAUCACCCUGACCAAGACCUUCAAGGCGUCCGAGCUGCGCGACCUGAACCUGCUCAGCUACAUGCUCAUCUACCUGACGACGUGCACCAAUCCGGUCAUCUACGUGGUGAUGAGCUCCGAGUACCGCCAGGCCUACAAGAACCUGCUCAUGUGCCGCCGGGGGGCCGAGUGGGCCGCCGAGGCCCCAGGGCCCCACCACGGGCCCAGCCGCAGCGUCUCCCAGCGGGCAUGACGCCCGCCGCGGCUCGACGCCUCCUCCUCGGUCGUCAGCCGCGUGCUCAGCUUCCGCAGGGCCACGCCCACCCCCCACUGCUAGUCCCUCCGCCCUGCCUAGCCUUCCCCUCCGACCUGAGACUCAAAAAACUCACCACCAUGGCCGUUUUUGCUCUCUAGAAGACUCUGUUCCCCUCCCCUCUGACCUGUGUUUUCUAAUUGUUGCAAGUUACCGCACUUCCCCUAUUACCUUUCACCUGAGAAGCUUGAGAAGAGAAUUGCUUAUUGACUGGACACUUCUCCUGCGACCUAAACUCUUUGGUUUAAGUUACCCUGUUAUGACAGGAUGAUUCCCUAAUGGCCAGUUUACCCUCCCCUCUAACCUGAGAGAAGACUGAAGUGCUUUCUUGACAGGUGCUAUAAACAUCUCCCCACAACUAGUAAAGAUCCUCUGCACUAACAAGACCCUGCUGCUGUCAAAGGUCGUUCUCUCCCUCCCAUAGACCUGAGUCUUUUCCUUUUUUUAACCUUCGGACGAUUUUUCAAGACUUUUUUGCCAGUUAAACCUCCCCUCCAACCUGAGUAAUCUGAAAAAACUUUCCCUGGCCUUCUUCAAAGGCUAUGCAAUAUUAAAACCCCUCGUCUGAUUUCAAGGGUUAUUCUCUCCCUCCCCUCCAACCUGAAAUAAGACUAAGAUUGUGCCCCUUUGGUUGAUUAAAGCUGUGUAAUAAUAAAUAAUUAAUUUGUUCUCUCCUAUUUUAACCUUUGGGCGAAUUUUCAAGAUUCUAAUUGACAGUUUAACCUCCCCUUCAACCUGAGAUGAAACUGAAAAAACUUCCCUGGUCUUCUCUCAAGGUCAAUCAUACCUCCCACUCGACUCUGUAGUAUCAAUACCCUUCGUCUGAUUUCAAGGGUCAAUCUCUCCCUCCCCUCCAACCUGAAAGAAGGUUUAAACUCUCUUUACGCUCUUAAAUACGUUUCGCCUCUCCUCUUGAGCCUAGAGACGAUAUUUUUGUCCCUUCUGUGACAAGAUUCCGACGGCCACGCCAACCUCCCCUCCAACCUUAAUUCACUUCCCCUAUUUUCGUAAUGAAUGGAGCAUGCUGGUUCCAUUGAAGUCAGUUUUAUUUAUUUGCGCUGAAUGUUGAAUUGAAAAUAACCUUUUCCGACCUGAGCCUCCGGAAAAGAACACACCGCUUUUUUAUUUUCGAAUCGAAGUUUUAGAGUUUAAUAUCUGAGCCGAAAGGGAAAGGUUCUCCUCUACCUGGAAAAGAGGCGGAUUUUUCCCUUUCACUUUCAAAAGAUCUCAGAGUUUGAUGUGAACGCUGGAUUAUUUAUAACUGUGUUCAAGGUUUCGUGCGUGUCCGCGAGAAAUAAAUAAAAAAUGAAAAACCCAGCUGUCAAACUCCCUGUGCACGCUGCGCAAAAUGACAAGUCAAUAACUUUAAAUUAAAUAAAUAAAUGCGAGAGAGUGCUGCAUUUUCAGAGAAGUGAUUUAUCUGUGAUGAAUGUCCAAAAGCGAACAUUUGCUAAAUAUUAAGCGUUUUACACGGUUCAAGACGCCAACUGUAUAAAAAUAAAACUACGACUUUACUGUUGCAAAUAUAAAAAUAUAGAUAUAAUAUGUAUUACCGCCGGAAGGGAGAGUUGUUUUCGUUGGGAAAUUAGUCGUGUUUUUAACUCAGCUUUCGCUCUCUCUCUCUCUCUCUCUAUCUUCGCGUAGUGUAAUUUAAUAAGAAAAAAAUACGGUAUUGUUAACCACAAUCACGCAACGUUCCUGCUGUAGUCUGGAAGAAGUGACGCUAGAUUCGCAUCGCCGCCAUUUUGGAAUCGAUUGCUUCUUUUUUUGUUUUGUUGAUGCCAAAGACGGAAAACAAACAAUUUCAGAGUUUAGUGACGCUAUAAUGUUACCAAAAACGUUCAAGUUACUCAUAAGUGUGCAUCAAAGAUUACGAAAUAAAUCCUUCGUUGCAUAAAACG